AUGGCUUUCGGCAAGCUUUACGGUCUUCCUGACAACCCUCGCACCAUCUCCAUCCUCGUUGCUGCUAAGCACAACGAUUUGGAGCUUGAGCUCGUCGAGACCCAGGCCAACUCUUCUUCCGAGUUCAACACAUCUGCUGCUUACCGGAAGAUCCAGCCUCUGGGCAAGAUCCCCGCUUUCGAGGGUGCCAAUGGCUUCACUCUCUCCGAGGCCAUCGCCAUCGCUGUCUACGUGACCUCCCAGAACGAGAAGACUACCCUUCUUGGCAAGACCAAGCAGGAUUAUGCUUCCAUCCUCCGCUGGCUGUCCUUUGCCAACGCUGAGCUUCUCCCCAGCUUUGGCGCUUGGUACCGCCCCCUCAAGGGUAUCGAUCCCUACAACAAGAAGAACGUCGAAGAUGCCUCCAAGGCUGCCCUGAAGAAGCUCGGCGUCCUCAACACUCACCUCACCGCCAACACCUACCUCGUCGGCGAGCGCAUCACCCUCGCUGAUAUCUUCACCGCCGCCCUCCUUACGCGUGCUUUCGCCACCGUCAUUGACAAGAAGGUCCGCUCUGACUACCCCGCCGUUACCCGGUGGUUCCAGACCAUUGUCGCUCAGCCUGCUUUCAAGGCUGUUGUUGAGGACCCCGUCCUCAUCGAAGAGGCCAUCAAGUACACCCCCCCUAAGAAGGAGGAGAAGCCCAAGAAGGAGGCUGCUCCUGCCGCUGCCGCCCCCGCUGAGGAGGAGAAGCCCGAGAAGAAGCCAAAGCACCCUCUUGAGGCUCUCGGUCGCCCCACUCUCGUUCUCGACGAGUGGAAGCGCCAGUACUCCAACGAGGACACCCGCUCCGUUGCCAUGCCCUGGUUCUGGCAGAACUUCAACGCCGAAGAGUACUCUCUCUACAAGGUCGACUACAAGUACAAUGAUGAGCUCAAGCUCACCUUCAUGGCCAACAACCUGAUUGGUGGCUUCCACGCCCGUCUUGAGGCUUCCCGCAAGUACCUCUUCGGUUGCCAGGGUGUCUACGGUGUCAACAACGCCUGUGUCAUCAAGGGUGUCUUCAUGGUCCGUGGCCAGGACGCUCUCCCCGCUUUCGAUGUCGCCCCUGACUACGAGAGCUACGACUUCAUCAAGCUCGACCCCUCCAGUGAGGCUGACCGCAAGUACGUUGAGGACAUUUGGGCUUGGGACGUCCCUGUCGUCGUUGACGGCAAGGAGCUCCAGAACGCUGACGGGCACGUCUUCAAAUAA